UUAAGGCAUUUCCAAAAACGCACGAACGGAGCCGCAGGAGGAGCCUCCACCUCCACCUCCUUCUCCUCCUGCACAAAGUCAUGACGCUUGAAGUCCCCGCUGCUGGCUGGAUAUUGGCGCUGGUUACUGAAAAGCAGGGAGAUAAGGUCAGACUGCAGUGCUGGCUGGAGAGCCCGCUGCCUGAACUUGUGAGGAGAGAGAGAGGAAGAGGAGGAGGAGGACAGAGGAGAGGGGGAGCUGUGCGCUCUCUUCCCGGCAGAGUGCGUCCCGCUCCACACACAUCCACUCACCGGAGUCACUGAGCUUCCACGCGUCGGGCUGCUUUCCUUCUCCUCGCACCUCCUCAGUAUAUGCUCAUUCUGCCAGCAGACCUCUCCUGCCGGUGCACCUUUAAAGAAACUCUCUUUUUUCCCCUCUUCUUCUUUUUUUCUUUUCCUCGUUUGUUCCCCCUACCUGCUGCUUUGGGAUUACGGAGAGGAGCGGCGCAGCGUGGGCGCGUAACUCCCGAAAUCAUGGAAUUAUGGAUAAAGUUGAUGUUGUUUUGCAGCUGCUGUUUGGGAGCAAGUGCAGGCUUCGACGGCAGGUGGCCGCGGCAGAUGGCAUCAUCCAAUGGACUGUGCCGAUACGGGGCCAGGGUGGACUGCUGCUGGGGAUGGACGCGCCGCUCCUGGGGUCACUGCCAGCCUCUCUUCGCCUUAACUCACAGAGUAGUCGGGAUAAGGUGCCAGCCCCAAGCUGUGUGUCAGCCGGGCUGUAAACAUGGAGACUGCGUGGGACCCAAUAAGUGCAAGUGCCAUCCCGGCUACACCGGCAUGACCUGCAAUCAAGACCUGAAUGAGUGUGGGCUGAUGCCGAGGCCCUGUAAGCACAGGUGCAUGAACACGUAUGGGAGCUACAAGUGCUACUGCCUGAACGGCUACAUGCUGAUGCCUGACGGGACCUGUGGAAACGCUCGCACUUGCGGUAUGGCCAACUGCCAGUAUGGCUGCGAGGUGCUGAAAGGAGAGGUCCGAUGUCAGUGUCCAUCGCCAGGGCUACAGCUGGCUCCGGAUGGAAGAACCUGUAUGGAUGUGGAUGAGUGUGCAGCAGGGACAGCCGUGUGUCCCAGGUUCAGGAAAUGCAUCAACACCUUUGGGAGCUACAUCUGCAAGUGCCACGAAGGGUUUGACCUGCAAUACAUCAACGGGAAAUACCAGUGCAUAGAUGUGGAUGAGUGCUCUUUAGGUCAGAGCCACUGCAGCAGCUUCGCCACUUGCUACAACACGCCAGGCUCAUACAAGUGCAAAUGCAAAGAUGGCUACAGGGGGAAGGGCCACGACUGUAAACCCAUUCCUAAGGUGAAUAUUUACCCGCCCAGACCAGACAAGCUGCCUCCAAACCACCACAACCACAUCCCAGACAUCGAUCACAGGAGGACCACCACCAUCCGCCCACCAGUGACUCCAAGGAGGAUUUUCCCCGUUAUUCCAGUAGCACCAACCACCACCACAACUGCGAAAACCACAACAACUACCAAACCACCUCUGCCUCCGAGGAGAGUGACCCCACCUCCACGCAAGCCAGCGGUUCCCACCCGAAAGCCCUUCAUCCCCACGAGGAAGCCAUUGAUACCCACACGCAGACCGUACGUCCCACCGAGGCCUGUAGCUCCCACCAGGCCACCGCAGCCACAGCCUCCAGUCACACCCGUAGACAACACCAUCCAGAGGGAGGUCACCAAACAGAGAGGGGAUGUCCACAUUCCUCGGAACCCCGGCCAUAACACCGUCCUCGACAUUGACUUUGACAUUGAGCUCGGCAACACUGCGGAUGAAGCCAAGGAUGACCCAGCGUCGGGGUAUCUCAGCUGCUCCUUUGAUGACGGUCUUUGUGGUUGGAUCAGGGACAAAGACGGAGACCUUCACUGGGAGACAACUCCUGAUCCAUCAGGUGGUCGGUACCUCACCAUUCCUGACGCAGGAAACAAGAGGACGGGACGGGGGGCCCGGCUGGUCCUCCCACUCACCCCUCCAUGGAACGACGGCAAUCUGUGCCUGUCAUUCCGGCACAAGCUGGCGGGUCACCACGUGGGAAUGCUUCAAGUGUUCGUGAAGAAGGGGAAGCAGUACAGUCCGGCAGUGUGGGGUCGAACAGGUGGAAACGGCUGGAGACACACCCAGAUCACACUAUGGGGCGCGGGCCUGGAAAGUGUGAUCCUGAAGGGGGAACGUGGGCGAGGCAGGAGCGGGGAGAUGGCCGUGGACGACAUCACCUUGAGGAAAGGCGCCUGCACAGAGGAGCACAAUCUGAGGAGACUCUGACUGACAGAACAGAGGAAGGCAGGCGGGAAAACAUGAGGGAGAAUCAUCUCAAAGAGAGCAGACUCUGUUGUGACACCCCCUCACUCUGCCUUAGUGCUCGCUGAUCCCUCCCUCCCUCUCCCUCCCUCUCCCUCUCACCCCGUCCUCCACCUCCCAGCUGAACGAUAUCCGAAAAAUUGUGUGUCUGUAGAACAUUGGUUUUUCUCUUUUCCCUCCCCGGCCGUCUGUGAAUACGCCAAUCUCAUGGGUGGAUCCUGGCAGCACACCCCUCGGCCUCUCUCUCUCUCACUCCGUCACCUUGUUACUCGGAAACCUGCAUGUACCUACUUACCAUGGAAAUGUCCUCCACCUAACACAGCCAUGGCAGCCGUCCAACCACACCUCUGAGAGGCCCGCAUUCACUUCUUUCUUUCCCGCAGAGGAUCUCUUCCCUCAUUAUGGAGUCCACUUUUGCUUUGCUUUGAUCCUUUUAACCACAAGCCCCUGCUUUUCUUUUUUAUUUUCUUGAUGGUAAAAUUAUGUGGCCAGAGGUUGCAAUUUGUGACUGUUUUGAUCAGCAAAAAUAUCAGACAUUUCCUUGAGGGUUAGAGAUGGGGUUUUUUUUGUUGUUUUUUCUUUGCAAAAGACAAAUUGCAUUUGUCAAAAUUUGGUUUGUUCUCAUCCAGAUCACUCCAAAUCUGAUAUGAAACAAGGGUAUUAAAUGAAUUUGCAAGUCAAUUCAGCCUGCUUUUGUUGGUAAAAUCUGAUUUUUUAUUUUUAUUUUUUUGGUGUUUUUCACAGCUUUUCACAGUAUUUCAAAAAAAAAAUCUGCUUGAUAGAAGAGAGUUUAAGCAUUUAGCACCUUUUCUAUCCCAAUCUUUUAUGGAAGACUCAUAAGAGUUGAAUUAAACUCUCUGCGAUCAUGUUUGUCAGAUACUUGAAACGUGCAAAACAGAGUCAGUGUUUAAUUUUUGACACUUGCAACUCAACGGUUACUUUCUAUUAUACAGUAUGUGCUUUGUUAUAUUAAGUGCGGUUUGUUAUAAAGACAAUGAUGCCGACGACUUUUUAGGCUUUCACAAAUUGUAUUAUUGUAAAUGUAGUUGUGUGUACAUACUCUAAAAGAUCUACAAUUCCAUUUGUUGUGUGGUUCCUAUGUCGUGUAAAUUCAUGCACAAGUAUUAAUUGGAAUUCAAGUGGUUGUUAUUUCAGCAUUUAAAGAACACGUACGCAGACAGAAACCUUGUGUAGUGCAAGGCUGUGUGUAAAGUGCGCCAAAUGUGUGUGUGUUCAUGUGGUAUAACCCUCUGUCUGUUACUUGCAAAGCGCAUAGUUGCAUAUUGUAUGCUGUGAUAAUGAAGGGCAUCGGCUGGAAUUUAAAGGUUUUCUGUAUGCAUGGAUGCAUUCACCAAAUUCAGAUUUAUCCAGACCAGUAUGUAAAUAAAAGACAUUUGACUGACA